AGUAUGUUUCCUCUGACUUUCGUGUGUGUUCAAUUACUAGGUUAACCCUUGAUGUAUGCAAGACUUGUUCUUGUACUCUUUACUAUGUGGUUAGUCCCUGCUUUGCCUUCUGAGGUUCUCCACCAAUAUUAGUUUUAGAGUAUUUCUGAGCCUAGUCCCUUUGCCUCUGGACCCUCAUAUUGGUUGUCAGAUUAAGUAAGUCUUAAACCCUAAGUGAAGAGACCAUUGUGUUGGAGAGAGCACAGCACGGAUCAUAGGCUCAACUCUGCCGCUGAAGGGCCCUGUGAAGUUGGCUGUAACUCAAGACACCUUUUUCACAUCCAUGGCGUGGUGUCAGAGCACUGACUCUUAGCUGUAUGAUUGUGGAUAUCCUUGGGACAGAGGACCUUAUUGCAGAAGUGACUUCCAAUGAUUCUGUGAGAUUUUACCCCUGGACCAUUGAUAAUAAAUACUAUUCAGCGGAUAUCAAUCUAUGUGUGGCGCCAAACAAAUUUCUUGUCACUGCAGAGAUUGCAGAGUGUGUCCAAGCGCUUGUGAUUUACUUUGACAGUACACAAAAAUCUGGCCUGGAUAGUGUCUCUUCAUGGCUUCCACUGGCAGAAGCUUGGUUACCUGAGGUGAUGAUCUUGGUCUGUGAUAGAGUGUCUGAAAAUGGCAUAAACCGACAAAAAGCUCAAGAAUGGUGCAUCAAACAUGGCUUUGAAUUGGUAGAACUUAGUCCAGAGGAGUUGCCUGAGGAGGAUGAUGACUUCCCAGAAUCUACAGGAGUAAAGCGAAUUGUGCAAGCCUUGAAUGCGAAUGUCUGGUCCAAUGUUGUGAUGAAGAAUGAUAGGAACCAAGGUUUUAGCCUUCUGAGCUCAUUGGCUGGAGCCAACCAUACCGUUGGGUCAGCAGAGAACUGUUGCUCAGAGCAGCAGCCCCAUUUGCCAGCAGGAGAUAGGGCUGAAUCCCUCUUGGAUCAUGAGGGCAGUGCAUCUAACACAGCAGAAGCCCAGGUUGAUAGCAUUGUGGAUCCCAUGUUAGAUCUGGAUAUUCAAGAAUUAGCCAGUCUUACUACAGGAAGAGGAGACUUGGAGAAUUUUGAAAGACUGUUUUCAAAGUUAAAAGAAAUGAAAGACAAGGCUGCGACGCUUCCUCACGAGCAAAGAAAGUUGCAUGCAGAGAAGGUGGCUAAAGCAUUCUGGAUGGCAAUUGGGGGAGACAGAGAUGAAAUUGAAGGCCUUUCAUCUGAUGAAGAAAACUAAAUUAUUUGUACUGGGGUUUGACUAGCCAAAAUGCUAUAUAUAACUUUUUACCUGAGUUAAGGGGAUACUUUCCUACUCAACCUGGUUAUAUUUUGCUGAAAUUCCCAUCAUGUUGGCCACCUGAGUUAUUUAUAGGGCUCCCUUAAUUUUAAUUUUUAGUAGGGCUUUAAGGAGAAAUCUUUUCUCCCUCGGUGUAUUACAAGGGAGUGAGGAGUAUAAUGACAGUGAGGUGUGAGAGUUUUUUAAAUGACGUUUUGUUUUAGGAAUGGAGGUGAAAUGAGGCUUAGAAGUCUAUGUAGUUUGUCCAGGUGAAAGAAGGGGAAGAAGAUUGCCAAGCCAUUUCUAGUCGACCUUUUAAAUAGCAUUCCCUGCAUCCAGACUUGGUUAUCAUGGACCUGGAACUAUGUCAUCCUUCCUGAACCUUGUGGAUUCCCUGGCUACACUGUCGCUUUACUGCUACACUGUCGCCUUAUUGCUACACCAUUGCUUUACUCCUGUCAAGAAGUGUUGCUCUGAGCUAUGAUGCUUUCGAAAGGAGGCAGCUGCAGGUUUGAUUUGUGCUCUAGUAUAGGUGGGGCCAAAGACAGUGGCCCUCGUGUUAGUCUCUAAAAUAUGCUUCUGGGCUUUUCAUUUGUAAAGUUAGGAGCUCAUGAUAGAAAGUACUGAAAAGCCAGUGUGAAUUUUUAGACUACAGUAAAUGAGGCAAAGGUUUCCUACUCUGGCGAUAAACUCUUCCACUGAGUUUUUAUGGUGUGUGUGUUUUUGAGAGAGAGACAGAACCUUCAGGGAUCCCCCUGUGGUCCAGAGAAACGGUAUGAAAUUGCACACUGAGAUUUUUGUGUUGGCAUCCUCAUGAAGAAACUCUUAGAGGGCUUAAACCUUAGUGGUCUCCCCUGCUACUUGAGAUGUCAGAGCUGUGUUCAGUCUUUAUACCCUGAAAACAAGGCACAAUUCUCCCUCUUUCUCUUUGAAAGCUAACAGGGAACACUGCCAAAAUAGUGACACUAAGGACUGAGAGGUGAAGAAGGACGUGAACUAUUAGGUAAUGAAUUCUGGAGCACCUGGUUUACUUCCAGAGCUUCGUGGCUCCUCUGUGCCCUCAGGACUGCAGCUGUGAGGGAACACCUUUGUUCUUUAUCCUUUGAGAGGACAAGGUCAUGUUGAGUGGCUCAGUCCCAGGGGAACUGAUCACCAAAGGGAAGGUUCCCAGAGGAAGAGUGGAAAGCACAAGUUAAAACCCUAAUUUCUGUUGUUGCAGACCCUUUUUCAAUGCAGGUCAUUACCUUUCUCUGUGGUAGUGAGUGCCCUGACUCUACACCAGCACCAGAGCAGCGGAUGGUGCUGGCACACAUGGUGAGAAUAGGUUCUAGGCUAGUGUGUAGAAGAAUGACAGGCUGUUACAAGAGAACCAAGUUCCAUAUCUGCUCCGAGCACCAUCAUAUAAGCCCUGCAAACCAGAAGUAGAUGGCAGAGGAAUGGAAUGUGCAAUGCCUGGCCGGGGCCACCAUAGGGAGGAGAAGUGCCAGUGAUGGGAACAUUCGGAAAGAGGCAUUCCUGGGGACAUUGGAAGCUAUCUUACUUGGUGAACUUUUUUUCUUCUUUAUUGAUCAUUCUUAUGAUCUGGAAGACUCUAGUUCACCACCAUUGCAUCAGUAUUUCUUUACGAUGACUGCAUUAGCCAUUGAUUGGAGAUGUGAGGAAAGUUGGCUCUGGGAUUGCAAGAGGAAAGAUGGAACAUGUUUUUCUUAAAACAUGAAAGGUUUUAGAAAAUAUGUCAGGCCACAUGGUUAGGGAAACAGACUAGAAAAAGCUGUGAAUUUGAUUUUGUCGAUUUAACAAAGCCAGGAGAUUAAAAUGUGAUUUAUGUAUAAA